GUGUAGUGGAGCCGGCUGUAUUAGCAACAUGUCUGCGGCAUUUAGAAAAGCUCUGAAAUCCCGUCAAAGGGAACAUAAGGAGAGGUCUCAGCCUGGUUUCCGCAGGAAUCUGGGACUUCUGGAAAAGAAAAAAGAUUACAAGCUUCGAGCUGAAGACCAUCGGAAGAAACAGAACACUCUCAAUGCCUUGCGAAAGAAAGCCCUUGAUAAAAACCCAGAUGAAUUCUACUAUAAGAUGACAUCAUCCAAACAGCAGGAUGGUGUUCAUAUUAUAAAGCAAAAGCCUGAGGAGGUCACAGAUGAACAGGCUAAAUUGAUGCGGACACAGGAUAUAAAGUAUGUGGAGAUGAAGAGGGUAGCAGAGGCUAAGAAAAUCGAACGGCUGAAGUCUGAGCUCCAUCUACUGGAUAAGGAAGGGAGCCAAAGAAACACUCAUACGUUUUUCUGUGACAGUAAGAAAGAAGUGCUCCGGUUUGAUCUGGCAGCUCAACUGAAAACAGCCCCAGAGCUUGUGAACAGAGUGUACAACAGACCUACAUUAGAAACACUGCACAAGGAGUCUGUAAAAGGAGUAGCAACCCCCCAGCAACUGAAACAACUAGCAAAAAAAAGACAGCAUGAAUAUGAUGUUCUAAAGCAGCGAAUUGAACGAGAAAGGAAAAUGUUUGUCAUAACUCAGAAGAUUCAAGCACGUAAAGACUUGUUGGACAAAAAGGAGAAAGUCAAAGUUAAGAAAGAAACUGUGAAUUCCCCUGCAAUAUACAAGUUUAAAAUGCAACGCCAAAGAUAACCGUGACUUCAGAGAGAGAACAGCAAGAGGAGAAUUUAACUGGGAUCUUUUUUUUUUUUUUUUCUUUUUUUCUCUACAGUACAGUCUAAAAAGAUAGUGCUGUAGUCCCCAAAACACUUUUCCACUGUGGACUUUAUUUAUUGCACAAUCUCUUCAACAGAGAGUGAAUUUGAAAUAUGUGCAGUGCAUAAGACUGCUCAUUGUACAGCGUAUUAGCCAAGACCCACUCUUUUCUUGUAAACUGAUACAGUUGUAGAGUUCUUCAAUAAAUGUGUAACUUGGUCAUAAUGUAA